GCCCGAGCCGGAGAGCGAGCCGCAAACGCUAGGUCGUGGGUCAUUGGUGGGUAGGGCGCAGGCGCGUUUGCUCCGACGGGCCGAAUGUUUUGGGGGCGUGUUUUGAGCGGGGAGACCGCGUGAUAUUUGGCGCGCAUGGGCACAACUUGCUCCGCCGCCGCUCGGCCUUGCUUCUUCCUCCAGAAGUGGGCGCUGCGCGGUCAUGCCAGGUUUGAACCGGAAGCAGGAGUAGGUACCUGCGUGGCUAACGGAGAAAAGAAGCUGUGGCAGCGGGAGGAGGCCAGAGGAGCCGGGAUCUGGGCUGCAGCCGCCGCCGCCGCCUUUGAUGCCACUUUGACCUUCCGAGUGCAGCGACAGUGAUGUGUGUUCUGAAAUUGUGAACCAUGAGUCUAGCACUUAAUGAUCUGCUUAUUUGCUGCCGUCAUCUAGAACAUGAUAGAGCUACAGAACGAAAGAAAGAAGUUGAGAAAUUUAAGCGCCUGAUUCGAGAUCCUGAAACAAUUAAACAUUUAGAUAGACAUUCAGAUUCCAAACAAGGAAAAUAUUUGAAUUGGGAUGCUGUUUUUAGAUUUUUACAGAAAUAUAUUCAGAAAGAAACAGAAUGUCUGAGACUGGCAAAACCAAAUGUAUCAGCCUCAACACAAGCCUCCAGGCAGAAAAAGAUGCAGGAAAUCAGUAGUUUGGUCAAAUACUUCAUCAAAUGUGCAAAUAAAAGAGCACCUAGGCUAAAAUGUCAAGAACUCUUGAAUUAUAUCAUGGAUACAGUGAAAGAUUCAUCUAAUGGUGCCAUUUAUGGAGCUGAUUAUAGCAACAUACUACUCAAAGACAUUCUUUCUGUGAGAAAAUACUGGUGUGAAAUAUCUCAGCAACAGUGGUUAGAAUUGUUCUCUGUGUACUUCAGGAUGUAUCUGAAACCUUCACAAGAUGUUCAGAGAGUUUUAGUGGCUAGAAUAAUUCAUACUGUUACUAAAGGAUGCUGUUCUCAGACUGAUGGAUUGAAUUCCAGAUUUUUGGAUUUCUUUUCCAAGGCCAUUCAGUGUGCGAGACAAGAAAAGAGCUCUUCAGGUUUGAAUCAUAUUUUAGCAGCUCUUAUUAUCUUCCUCAAGACUCUGGCUGCCAACUCUCGAAUUCAAGUGUGUGAAUUAGGAGAUGAAAUUCUUCCCACCUUGCUUUAUAUUUGGACUCAACAUAGACUUAAUGAUUCUCUAAAAGAAGUCAUUAUUGAAUUAUUUGAACUGCAAAUUUAUAUCCAUCAUCCAAAAGGAGCCAAAACCCAAGAAAAAGGUGCUUAUGAAUCAACAAAAUGGAAAAGUAUUUUAUACAACUUAUAUGAUCUGCUAGUGAAUGAGAUAAGUCAUAUAGGAAGUAGAGGAAAGUAUUCUUCAGGAUUUCGUAAUAUUGCCGUCAAGGAAAAUUUGAUUGAAUUGAUGGCAGACAUUUGUCACCAGGUUUUUAAUGAAGAUACCAGAUCCUUGGAGAUUUCUCAGUCUUAUGCUACUACACAAAGAGAAUCUAGUGAUGACAGUGUGCCUUGCAAAAGGAGGAAAAUAGAUCUAGGCUGGGAAGUAAUAAAAGAUCACCUUCAGAAGUCACAGAAUGAUUUUGAACUUGUGCCAUGGCUACAGAUUACAACCCAAUUAAUAUCAAAGUAUCCUGCAAGUUUACCUAACUGUGAGCUGUCUCCAUUACUGAUGAUACUCUGUCAGCUUCUACCUCAACAGCGACGUGGGGAACGCACACCAUAUGUGUUGCGAUGUCUUAUGGAAGUUGCGUUGUGUCAGAACAAGAGGUCAAACCUAGAAAGCUCACAAAAAUCAGAUUUACUGAAACUCUGGAAUAAAAUUUGGUGUAUUACCUUUCGUGGUAUAAGUUCUGAGCAAAUACAAGCUGAAAACUUUGGCUUACUUGGAGCCAUAAUUGAAGGUAGUUUAGUUGAGGUUGACAGAGAAUUCUGGAAGUUAUUUACUGGGUCAGCCUGCAGACCUUCCUGUCCUGCGAUAUGCUGCUUGACUUUGGCACUGACCACCAUUAUAGUUCCAGAAACAGUAAAAAUGGGAAUAGAGCCAAAUAUAUGUGAAGUAAAUAAAAGCUUUUCUUUAAAGGAAUCAAUAAUGAGAUGGCUCUUAUUCUAUCAGCUAGAGGAUGACUUAGAAAAUAGUACGGAAGUGCCUCCGAUUCUUCACAGUAAUUUUCCUCAUCUCGUACUGGAGAAAAUUCUUGUGAGUCUGACUAUGAAAAACUGUAAGGCUGCAGUGAAUUUUUUCCAAAGUGCGCCAGAAUGUGAACAACACCAAAGAGAUAAAGAAGAACCUUCAUUUUCAGAAGUAGAAGAACUGUUUCUUCAGACAACUUUUGACAAGAUGGACUUUUUAACUGCUGUGAGAGAAUGUGCUAUAGAAAAGCACCAAUCUAGUAUUGGCUUUUCUGUCCACCAGAAUCUCAAGGAAUCACUGGUUCGCUAUCUUCUGGGAUUAUCAGAACAGCUUCUAAAUAGUUAUUCAUCUGAGAUUACAAAUUCAGAAAUGCUUGUCCGGUGUUCAGUUCUUUUGGUGGGUGUCCUUGGCUGCUACUGCUAUAUGGGUGUAAUAACUGAAGAUGAAGCAUAUAAGUCAGAAUUAUUCCAGAAAGCCAAGUCUCUAAUGCAAUGUGCAGGAGAAAGUAUCACUCUGUUUAAAAAUAAGACAAAUGAAGAAUUCAGAAUUGGUUCCUUGAGAAAUAUAAUGUAUCUAUGUACACGUUCCUUGAGCAACUGUACCAAGAAGAGUCCAAGUAAGAUUGCGUCUGGCUUUUUCCUGCGGCUGUUAACGUCAAAGCUAAUGAAUGAUAUUGCAGAUAUUUGUAAAACUUUAGCAUUCACAAUCAAAAAGCCAUUUGACCAUGGAGAUGUAGAAUCAAUGGAAGAUGAUACUAAUGGAAAUCUAAUGGAGGUGGAGGAUCAGUCAUCCAUGACUCUAUUUGAUGAUUACCCUGAUAGUAGUGUUAGUGAUGCAAAUGAACCUGGAGAGAGCCAAAGUACCAUAGGUGCCAUUAACCCUUUAGCUGAAGAAUACCUAUCAAAGCAAGAUCUCCUCUUCUUAGACAUGCUCAAGUUCCUGUGUUUGUGUGUAACUGCUGUUCAGACCAAUGCCGUGUCCUUUAGGGCAGCUGACAUUCGGAGGAAGUUGUUAAUGUUAAUUGAUUCUAGCACGCUAGACCCCACAAAAUCUCUCCACUUGCAUAUGUAUCUAAUGCUUUUAAAGGAGCUUCCUGGAAAAGAAUAUCCCUUGCCAAUGGAAGAUGUUAUUGAACUUCUGAAACCACUAUCCAAUGUGUGUUCUUUGUAUCGUCGUGACCAAGAUGUCUGUAAAACGAUUUUAAACCAUGUCCUUCAUAUCGUGAGAAACCUAGGUCAAAGCAAUAUGGACUCUGAGAACACAAGGGAUGCUCAAGGACAGUUUCUUACAGUAAUUGGAGCAUUUUGGCAUCUAACAAAGGAGAAGAAAUAUACAUUCUCUGUAAGAAUGGCCCUAGUAGAAUGCCUUAAAUGUUUGCUUGAGGCUGAUCCUUACUCAAAGUGGGCUGUUCUUCACGUGGUGGGAGAAGACUUUCCUGUAAAUGAAGUAUUUACACAGUUUCUUGCUGAUAAUCAUCACCAGGUUCGCAUGUUGGCUGCCAAGUCAAUCAACAGAUUAUUCCAGGACACAAAACGAGAUUCUUCCAGGUUACUGAAAGCACUUCCUUUGAAGCUUCAGCAAACAGCUUUUCAAAAUGCAUACUUGAAAGCUCAGGAAGGAAUGAGAGAAAUGUCCCAUGGCGCUGAGAACCCUGAAGCUUUGGAUGAAAUUUAUAAUAGAAAAUCUGUCUUACUGAUGUUGAUAGCCGUGGUUUUAUCCUGUAGCCCUAUCUGUGAAAAACAGGCUUUGUUUGCUCUAUGUAAAUCUGUGAAAGAAAGCGGAUUAGAACCUCACCUUGUGAAAAAGGUUUUAGAGAAAGUUUCUGAAACGUUUGGAUAUAGGUGUUUAGAAGACUUUAUGGCUUCUCAUUUAGAUUAUCUGGUUUUGGAAUGGCUAAAUCUUCAAGAUACUGAAUACAGCUUAUCUUCUUUUCCUUUUAUUUUAUUAAACUACACAAAUAUUGAGGAUUUCUAUAGAUCUUGUUAUAAGAUUUUGAUUCCACAUCUGGUGAUUCGAAGCCGUUUUGAUGAGGUGAAGUGCAUUGCUAAUCAGAUUCAAGAGGACUGGAAAAGUCUUCUAACAGACUGCUUUCCAAAGAUUCUUGUCAAUAUUCUUCCUUAUUUUGCCUAUGAGGGUACAGGAGACAGUGGGAUGGCACAGCAAAGAGAGACUGCUACCAAAGUCUAUGAUAUGCUUAAAAGUGAAAACUUACUGGGAAAACAGAUUGAUCAUUUAUUCAUCAGUAAUUUACCAGAAAUUGUGGUGGAGUUAUUGAUGACGUUACAUGAGCCAGCAGAUUCUGGUGCCAGUCAGAGCACUGACCUCUGUGACUUUUCAGGGGAUUUGGAUCCUGCUCCUAAUCCACCUCAUUUUCCAUCGCACGUGAUUAAAGCCACAUUUGCCUAUAUCAGCAAUUGUCAUAAAACCAAGUUGAAAAGCAUUUUAGAAAUUCUUUCCAAAAGCCCUGAUUCCUAUCAGAAAAUACUUCUUGCCAUAUGUGAGCAAGCAGCUGAGACAAAUAAUGUUUAUAAGAAGCACAGAAUUCUUAAAAUAUACCACCUGUUUGUCAGUUUAUUACUGAAAGAUAUAAAAAGUGGCUUAGGAGGAGCUUGGGCCUUUGUUCUUCGAGAUGUUAUUUACACUCUGAUUCACUAUAUCAACCAAAGGCCUUCUCGUAUCAUGGAUGUGUCAUUACGUAGCUUCUCCCUUUGUUGUGACUUACUAAGUCAGGUUUGCCAGACAGCAGUGACUUACUGUAAGGAUGCUUUAGAAAACCAUCUUCAUGUUGUUGUUGGUACACUUAUACCCCUUGUGGAUGAGCAGGUGGAGAUUCAGAAACAGGUAUUGGACCUGUUGAAAUACUUAGUGAUAGAUAACAAGGAUAAUGAAAACCUCUAUCUCACGAUUAAGCUUUUAGAUCCUUUUCCUGACCAUGUUGUUUUUAAAGAUUUGCGUAUUACUCAGCAAAAAAUCAAAUACAGUAGAGGACCCUUUUCACUCUUGGAGGAAAUUAACCAUUUUCUCUCAGUAAGUGUUUAUGAUGCACUUCCAUUGACAAGACUUGAAGGACUGAAGGAUCUUCGGAGACAACUGGAACUACAUAAAGAUCAGAUGAUGGACAUUAUGAGAGCAUCUCAGGAUCAUCCACAGGAUGGGAUUAUGGUGAAGCUAGUUGUCAAUUUGUUGCAGUUAUCCAAGAUGGCAAUAAACCACACUGGUGAAAAAGAAGUUCUAGAGGCUGUUGGAAGCUGCUUGGGAGAAGUGGGUCCUAUAGAUUUCUCUACCAUAGCUAUACAACAUAGUAAAGAUGCAUCUUAUACCAAGGCCCUUGAGUUAUUUGAGGAUAAAGAACUUCAGUGGACCUUCAUAAUGCUGACCUACCUGAAUAACACACUGGUAGAAGAUUGUGUCAAAGUUCGAUCAGCAGCUGUUACCUGUUUGAAAAACAUUUUAGCCACAAAGACUGGACAUAGUUUCUGGGAGAUUUAUAAGAUGACAACUGAUCCAAUGCUGGCCUAUCUACAGCCUUUUAGAACAUCGAGAAAAAAGUUUUUAGAAGUACCCAGAUUUGAAAAAGAAAACCCUUUUGAAGGCCUGGAUGAUAUAAAUCUGUGGAUUCCUCUAUGUGAAAAUCACAACAUUUGGAUAAAGACACUGACUUGUGCUUUUUUGGACAGUGGAGGCACAAAAAGUGAAAUUCUUCAAUUAUUAAAGCCAAUGUGUGAAGUGAAAACUGACUUUUGUCAGACUGUACUUCCAUACUUGAUUCAUGAUAUUUUACUCCAAGAUACAAAUGAAUCAUGGAGAAAUCUCCUUUCUACACAUGUUCAGGGAUUUUUCACAAGCUGUCUUAGACACUUCUCACAAACGAGCCGAUCCACAACGCCUGCAAACUUGGAUUCAGAAUCAGAGCACGUUUUCCGAUGCUGUCUGGAUAAAAAGUCACAGAGAACGAUGCUUGCUGUUGUGGACUACAUGAGAAGACAAAAGAGACCUUCUUCAAGAACAAUUUUUGAUGAUGCUUUCUGGCUGGAUUUAAAUUAUCUGGAAGUUGCCAAGGUAGCUCAGUCUUGUGCUGCUCACUUUACAGCUUUACUCUAUGCAGAAAUCUAUGCAGACAAGAAAAGCAUGGAUGAUCAAGAGAAAAGAAAUCUUGCAUUUGAAGAAGGAAGCCAAUGUACAACUAUUUCUAGCUUGAGUGAAAAAAGUAAAGAAGAAACUGGAAUAAGUUUACAGGAUCUUCUUUUAGAAAUCUACAGAAGUAUAGGAGAGCCAGAUAGUUUGUAUGGCUGUGGUGGAGGGAAGAUGUUACAGCCCAUUACUAGACUACGGACAUAUGAACAUGAAGCAAUGUGGGGCAAAGCCCUAGUAACAUAUGACCUCGAAACAGCAAUCUCCUCAUCGACGCGCCAGGCAGGAAUCAUUCAGGCCUUGCAGAAUUUGGGACUCUGCCAUAUUCUUUCCGUCUAUUUAAAAGGAUUAGAUUAUGAAAAUAAAGAUUGGUGUCCUGAGUUAGAGGAACUUCAUUACCAAGCAGCAUGGAGGAAUAUGCAAUGGGACCACUGCAGUUCUGCCAACAAAGAAAUAGAAGGAGCCAGUUACCAUGAAUCAUUGUACAGUGCUCUGCAGUCUCUAAGAGACAAAGAAUUCUCUACAUUUUAUGAAAGUCUCAAAUAUGCCAGAGUAAAAGAAGUGGAAGAGUUGUGUAAGGGCAGCCUUGAGUCUGUGUAUUCGCUCUACCCCACACUUAGCAGGUUGCAGGCCAUUGGAGAGCUGGAGAGCAUUGGGGACCUUUUCUCAAGAUCAGUCACACAUAGACAACUCUCCGAAGUAUACGUUAAGUGGCGGAAACACUCCCAGCUUCUCAAGGACACGGAUUUUAGUUUUCAGGAGCCUCUCAUGGCUCUGCGCACAGUCGUUUUGGAGAUCCUGCUGGAAAAGGAAAUGGAGAACUCAGAGAGAGAAUGUUUUAAGGACAUUCUCACCAAACACCUUGUAGAACUCUCUAUACUGGCCAGAACUUUCAAGAACACUCAGCUCCCUGAAAGGGCAAUAUUUCAAAUUAAACAGUAUAAUUCAGUUAGCUGUGGAGUCUCUGAGUGGCAGCUGGAAGAAGCACAAGUAUUCUGGGCAAAAAAGGAGCAGAGUCUUGCCCUGAGUAUUCUCAAGCAAAUGAUCAAGAAGUUGGAUGCCAGCUGUACAGAGAACAAUCCCAGCCUAAAACUUAUAUACACAGAAUGUCUAAGGGUUUGUGGCAACUGGCUAGCAGAAACUUGCUUAGAAAAUCCUGCAGUCAUCAUGCAGACCUAUCUAGAAAAGGCAGUAGAAGUUGCUGGAAAUUAUGAUGGAGAAAGUAAUGAUGAGCUAAGAAAUGGAAAAAUGAAGGCAUUUCUCUCAUUAGCCCGGUUUUCAGAUACUCAGUACCAAAGAAUUGAAAACUACAUGAAAUCAUCAGAAUUUGAAAACAAACAAGCUCUCCUGAAAAGAGCCAAAGAGGAAGUAGGUCUCCUUAGGGAACAUAAAAUUCAGACAAACAGAUACACUGUAAAGGUUCAGCGAGAGCUGGAGCUGGAUGAAUGUGCCCUGCGAGCACUGAAAGAGGAUCGUAAACGCUUCUUAUGUAAAGCAGUUGAAAACUACAUCAACUGCUUAUUAAGUGGAGAAGAACAUGACACGUGGGUGUUCCGACUUUGUUCCCUCUGGCUUGAAAAUUCUGGAGUUUCUGAGGUCAAUGGCAUGAUGAAGAGAGAUGGAAUGAAGAUUCCAUCCUAUAAAUUUUUGCCUCUUAUGUACCAAUUGGCUGCUAGAAUGGGGACCAAGAUGAUGGGAGGCCUAGGAUUUCAUGAAGUCCUCAAUAAUCUAAUCUCUAGAAUUUCAAUGGAUCACCCCCAUCAUACUUUGUUUAUUAUACUGGCCUUAGCAAAUGCAAACAAAGAUGAAUUUCUGACUAAACCAGAGGUAGCAAGAAGAAACAGAAUAACUAAAAAUGCUCCUAAACAAAGCUCUCAGCUUGAUGAGGAUCGAACAGAGGCUGCAAACAGAAUAAUACAUACUAUCAGAAGUAGGAGACCUCAGAUGAUCAGAAGUGUUGAGGCACUUUGUGAUGCUUAUAUUAGAUUAGCAAACUUAGAUGCCUCUCAGUGGAAGACUCAGAGAAAAGGCAUAAACAUUCCAGCAGACCAGCCAAUUACUAAACUUAAGAAUUUAGAACAUGUUGUUGUCCCUACUAUGGAAAUUAAGGUGGACCCCACAGGAGAAUAUGGAAAUCUGGUGACUGUACAGUCAUUUAGAGCCGAAUUUCGCUUAGCAGGAGGUGUAAAUUUACCAAAAAUAAUAGACUGUGUGGGUUCCGAUGGCAGGGAAAGGAGGCAGCUGGUCAAGGGCCGUGAUGACCUGAGACAAGAUGCUGUCAUGCAACAGGUCUUCCAGAUGUGUAAUACAUUACUGCAGAGAAACACGGAAACUAGGAAGAGGAAAUUAACUAUCUGUACUUAUAAGGUGGUUCCCCUCUCUCAGCGAAGUGGUGUUCUUGAGUGGUGCACAGGAACUGUCCCUAUUGGUGAAUUUCUUGUUAACAAUGAAGAUGGUGCUCAUAAAAGAUACAGGCCAAAUGAUUUCAGUGCCUUACAGUGCCAGAAGAAAAUGAUGGAGGUGCAAAAAAUGUCUUCUGAAGAGAAAUAUGAAACCUUCAUGGAUAUUUGCCAAAAUUUUCAACCAGUUUUCCGUUAUUUCUGCAUGGAAAAAUUCUUGGAUCCAGCUAUUUGGUUUGAGAAGCGACUGGCUUAUACGCGCAGUGUAGCCACUUCUUCGAUUGUUGGUUACAUACUUGGACUUGGUGAUAGACAUGUACAGAAUAUCUUAAUAAAUGAGCAGUCAGCAGAACUUGUACAUAUAGAUUUAGGUGUUGCUUUCGAACAGGGCAAAAUUCUUCCUACUCCUGAGACAGUUCCUUUUAGACUCACCAGAGAUAUUGUGGAUGGCAUGGGCAUUACUGGUGUUGAAGGUGUCUUCAGAAGGUGCUGUGAGAAAACCAUGGAAGUGAUGAGAAACUCUAAGGAAACUCUGUUAACCAUUGUAGAGGUCCUUCUGUAUGAUCCACUCUUUGACUGGACCAUGAAUCCUUUGAAAGCUUUGUAUUUACAGCAGAGGCCAGAGGAUGAAACUGAGCUUCACUCUACUUUGAAUGCAGAUGACCAAGAAUGCAAACGAAACCUCAGUGAUACUGACCAGAGUUUCAACAAAGUAGCUGAACGUGUGUUAAUGAGACUCCAGGAGAAACUGAAAGGAGUGGAAGAAGGCACUGUGCUCAGUGUUGGCGGGCAAGUGAACCUGCUCAUCCAGCAGGCCAUGGACCCCAAAAAUCUCAGCCGACUUUUCCCAGGAUGGAAAGCGUGGGUGUGAUCUUGAGCAUAUGAAUUACCCUUGCAUUCAGCCUCUAGAAAUUAUAGUUUAGUCUUUAUUUUUAUCCUGCCAACAUACUUUAAGUAGGGAUUAAUAUUUAACUAAGUGAACUAUUAUGGGUUUUUUUUGAAUGUUGGUUUUAAUAAUUGAUUUAAUCACCACACAAAAAUGUUUUGAUGGUCUUAAGAAACAUCUCUGCUCUUACUCUUUAGAAAUAAUGCUUAUUCAUGUUUCAUUUCUAGGCUAAAUGUUUAUUUCUUCUUCUCAUAUGCAUACUUGUGUCAUUUUCAGUAGAAUCACUGACUUAUACAAUGCAAUAGCUGAAAACAAUGGAAGCAGCAAGAGUGAUGAUUUUUCCUUUAGUGUGAAUUAUAACAAAUAUACUGCUUAAAUGCCAGUUUCAACCAGGAGUUCAAGACUAGCCUGGUCAACAUGAUGAAACCCCAUCUGUACUAAAAAUACAAAAAUUAGCUAGGUGUGGUGUUGGGUGCCUGUAAUCCCAGCUACUCAGGAGUCUGAGGCAGGAGAUUCUCUUGAACCUGGGAAGUGGAGGUUGCUGUGAGCCAAGAUCAUGCCAUUGCACUCCAGCCUGGGUGAUAAGAGCAAAACUCUGUCUCAAAAACAAAAAAUGUAUUUGGAUUUUUCCUAGCAAGAUCACUUACAGUAUUACUAAAUAAUGAAGUUGUUAUGGAGAACACAGUGUAGUUACUAUAUUUUUCAGUGUAUAGCGACCCUUCUCAUUCUAUUCCCUUGAUCUUUUAAACCCUUCUGUACUGUUCAUGUACAUUCUCUUCCUGUGAUACCUUCAUAUAUUGCCUUCUAGUUCAUGAAUUAUCGUCAGCUGUAUAUAAUCUCUCUUACCCUAUCCAUUGGGUUUCUUCUUUCAGAAAUUGUUUUUCAUUUCUAAGUAUGCAUCAUUUUUCAGAUCUUUGUUUCUUGAUGUCAUUUUUUAAUGUUUUUAACAUUUUCAUGUCACUAAUUUAAAUGUCUGUACUUGAUACUCACUCUAACAGUUAUAUUAAAUUAAGUUCCUGCUGUUUAUUUCUGUUGAGUUUUAUAUUUGAUAGGCUGUUUAUCCAUUUUGUCUUUUUGAAAAGUGAGCUUAUUUUCAGCAAGGCUUUAUCUGUGGAAACCUUGAGGGUCUGUUUAUGCCAUAUUCCCAGGGCUGUUGCUGACACAAGGCCACUUUUAUUUAAAUUUCUUGGCUUUAGGGUGUCUACAUCUGAAGCAUAGCAUACUGAUAGAUUCCCCAAACCAAGGCAGAGACACUUCCUCCCAUUCUCCCUGUCCUAGUGGGCAGAAUAUCUGAUUGAUGCCUUUUUCAGUGAGCCUAUAAGCCUCCCAUGUGUCCUACCUUUGUGGCAGGGGUGGAAGGAGGCACAUUUAAUUCCCACUGCCUGCCUGCCUCUUGCAAGCCCAGGGUUCUUUAGUCCCCAUAAAGAUGACAAAGCUAAAAGCCAUAGGUUAAUGAAAUUGGCAAAUUGUUCCAGGACAGCUGUGGCAUCAGCUCACAUAUUUACUGCUCUGGUUUUUCAUUCCCCUCAUUUUUGACCAUAAGGUUUUCCGCUUACUUUCUUCUAAGUUCUGCUCUGCCAAAUAAUGUUUUCUAUAUUUUAUUCAGCAUUUCUGUGUGUUUUGUUGGAAGGGAAGGACUUAGGUAUCUAGUUUGACAGACAGGAAGAAAUGGAACAUUUUUCCAUCCCCCAGCUAUAAUCAUAUCAGAUAAACAUCAGAUAAAAAGCCACCUGAAAGUAAAACUACUGACUCAUGUAUUAGUGAGUAUAAUCUCUUCUCCAUCCUUAAGAAAAUGUUAUCCCAGCUGCAGAGAUUAACAAAUGGGUGGCUGAGCUUUCUCCUUAUAUUUGGACCUUGAAGGUUAUAUAGAUUUUUUUCAUAGGAAGAGUUGGUAUUUCUUUUUACUGCAAAUGGCAAGCACUCACUCAUAUUUGAUCUCCUCAUCUUCUGCUCCCCUAAAACCAAUCUCCAGAACUUUUUGGACUAUAAAUUUCUUGAUUUCUCGAGAACUGUUCAGAAUAUUAUUUUGCAUUUCAAAUUACAAACUUAUCUUUGUGUAUCUUUUUCCUUUAAGCUGCCUCAAUGAGUAUUUGUGUAUAUAUUGGUAGUUUUAUGACUACAGUAAAUCAAGGAAAUGCAGUAAACUUAGAAUGUCUUUAAGGAAACCUUGAAAUCUUCAUGGGUGGAAUUAGAAAUUGUCAGCUAUAUUAUAGUUAAAUGAAUUUGUAGCUAAUUCUUGCUAUUGAUGCAUCCGAAGAGUUUAGAAUAGCAUCAUUAAUCCACUCUUCAGCCUUGAAAGUAUGCAAUAAGGCUCCUGUUCUGUCUAAGUAUUCUAAUCAAUGGCUUUGAAAAGUUCAUCAAAUUUGCAUACAGAUCACAAACCUAUGAGAAUAACUAAUUCACAGAUAACAGAAUUAAGGUUAUACAAGUUGGUGGGGUUUUUUUUUGGUUUUUUUUUUUUUGGUAUUUUUAGUAGAGACAGGGUUGCUACUGCAUUCUAGCCUGGGCGACAGAGUGACACUCUUGUCUCAAAAAAAAAAAAAAAAAAGAUUUUGGCAAGCUGGAACACUUUCUGCAAAUGACCAAGAUAGAAAACUGCCAGGAACAAAUGAGGAGUAGUUCAGAUUUUAAAAACAUUAAUCACAGAAUAUUUGUUGUAUGCCGUCACUGACAUAUGUGCAGCAUCUCUGAUCUUUACCUGCAAGAUUAGUGAUACCAUCUCAAUUUACUGCUGGAGAAGUAAGUGGUCCAGGGCAAGAAGGCAGUAAAUUAUAAGUAGCAGUAUAAUAUGGACAGCAUCUAACUUGAAAAGAUUUCAGGGGAAAAGAAUCGGGGGUUUGCCAGUCAAUUGCUAAAAAGUUCAGUGAAAACCAAAUGCUGAAGCUGUUAGAGAAGCUAAUAAAUUGUAGGCUGCCUGAACGGUUGUGUCCAGAUUCAGGGAGAUAAGAGCCCUCCCACCCCACUCUCCCCAAAGUGUCUACCUAAUCAAUGGGUUCACAAACUCUUGGUUACUAUAGUAUAUGCCCAAAAUGUAUGCACUUAAGAAAAAGCAAAGAGGAAAAACUUUGGACAUCUUAAAGAUUAGAAUAGACUAGUCUUUUAAAAAAUAGAAAGCCAGUAUAUUGGUUUGAAACAUAGAGAUAUGUCCCAAUUUCAAGUAUUUUAAUUGCACCUUAAUGAAACUAUUUUCUAUAAUUUUAAUACUAUUGAAUGUAUUACUUUACUGUUACCUGAAUCUAUCAUAAAAUGUUUUUUGAAUAAAUAAUUAUAAAAG